UUGACUCGAUCGAGCAUAGCAACGUUAUUCCAAGAUGGACGUGUGCGAUACAACCAAGGUGGGAAGUUGGAAUCGCUCGAAACGGGGACGCACAUGUGUGGAUGUUUCCUAAAGAGAGGCUGGUCACCUGCCUAGAUGUUUCCCAUAGUACUUGCGCUCGUUCGUCGCUAGACCAAUAUUCUGGGCCAGAACGAGAAGCUGUGUCCACACGUGCAUCGCUUCUGUAGCCAAAUGCCGCGCGCCAACUACGCGAGCUCAGGGAUUUAGUAGACGCUGGGAUCCUGCCUAGCUCAGGAACCCAUUGAAGGGUUGCUUCUCAUUUAUAGGGCAAUUACCCACCUCUACCCUCCCCAUCGUCGAGUGCCCAAUGUUAGCCACGCUCAUCCUACUGCUUGCGGCCCUCCCCAGUGUCGUCAUUGCAUCCUUGGCCAUCCCUUGGGUACCGCCAGCGCCAUGCCCGACUUGCUCAUCUCCCAACUACGUCGGAAAAAACAAUGGAACUUUGAAAAACGGGCGUUUCGUUAAAGGAAGAGCCUUUGAACGCGUCAUCCAGAUCUGGCUUGAGAACACUGACUAUAACACCGCGGUCACUAGUCCUUUCUUCCAAACCCUUGUUAAGGAGGGUAUCCUACUUUCUUCAUACUUCGCGGUCACGCAUCCGUCGGAGCCUAAUUACAUAGCGUCCAUCUCUGGUGAUUUCUAUGGUUUGGCCGAUGACAACAUCUAUCAUGUUCCGUCCAACAUCUCGACUAUCGUUGAUCUCCUUGAGAAAAAGAAGGUUUCAUGGGCCACCUACCAAGAGAACAUGCCCACGGACGCUUACCUUCUCAACUAUGCGUCCCAUAACUAUAACACUGGCUCUGGCACAUAUGGCUACUAUGUCCGCAAACACAAUGGUCCUGUUAUCCAUGAUGCCAUCUCGAACACAACCUCGCGUGCGCACCGCAUUCGUAAUUUCAACGACUUUGCAGCGGAUAUAAAUGCUAGCGCAUUACCCCAAUGGGUGUUUGUUACACCCAACAUGGUGAAUGAUGGCCAUGAUACGACGAUUGAUUAUAUUAGUCAAUGGUUGAAGUACUGGCUUGUUCCGCUAUUGAAAAACAAAAAAUUUAACGGUGGGCAUGGGACGGAUGGGACCCUUGUUGUCCUUACAUUUGAUGAAAAUGAUUACACCGAUCCGAAUAAAGUCUUCACCCUUCUGCUGGGCUCAGCCAUUCCGGCGCAUCUGAAGGGCACAGUCGACCAUACUUUCUACACACAUUAUUCCCUCCUCUCGACUGUUGAGGCAAACUGGCGUCUUGGUAACCUCGGACGCGGGGAUACAAAUCUCCCGUUGGCUAAUGUCUUUGACUUUGUCGCCAAGCGAGCGAAUGUCAAAAACGUACCUCCCCCCAAUCCGCUCCCUCUCACAAACCUAACAGGGGUCUACCCCGGUCCGCUCAACCCGAGCGCAUGGAUCCCAUUUGUUGCACCCGUUAAAUCACACCGGUUUGGGCAAACUUAUAUUCGACCUGGGAUGAAUUUGAGUGUGACGAAGCACACGAUUGGGCCACCGAUCAACAUUACAUAUGCGGAGAAUCCGUACGCUGGAACCGGGAACAUCAUUCCCUUGCACUAAACGGACAUUUUUGUUGCUUAUUUAUUCUAGCGAAGGCGUAAGAAGAACGCGGUAACGCAAGGCACCCAGUCUGAAGACCUGGACGCUCUUCCAGCACUGGGGCUGCAGGUGCUGACAUCAAUACGGACUUUGAAUUGUAGUAUAUUGCAACUACCUGUUACGUUGACGGUUGCACGAGUCGAACUUUGCUGCUCAGCAGCGAGAAGCUGGGAGGGUUCCUCAGACCGAUCCCAAGAAACAAUGUUGUAUUUAUUGCAUUUUUGACUGUGGAUGAGAGCCUGGGAUAUGAAACCUCAUCAAAGAGGCUUCAUAUCAUAACGUUACGUCCG